AUGGCACCGCCAGAUCCGCAUCGCUGGACUUACACAGACUAUGUAUGCUUCUUACGAAGCCAUGGCUUCCACAACCUCGCAUGCUUGGACGACUAUCUUCGGUGGGGGGUUGAAGCGGCUCGAAAUUCGGCGGUUCCACGACCACAACAAGCAACAACAAUCCUGCUGGAGUUUGGAGCGUCGAGUUUUCGGACCUCAGAUUUGACCGACACGACGAAACUACGAGUUUUGCUGAAAGAAUGGACGAAGAAGACCCCCUCCACGCCUACAUCCACCGCACCAUCCAACGUACAGGGACGCAUCGUCAUGGUCAACAAUAUCAGCCCCGAGAUGGUCGAUACACUCGGCGGACUUCUCAACAUCGAGCCAGCGUUCUUUGCCUCUCACCUCGCUGAUCAUGGCAUCGGAAGCACCGGAGAAGUCAACACGUCCUCCCCACUGGCCUCACAGAACCAACGACAUCAGAAACACUUCUUCACCAUCGAAUACCCGUGCGCAUUUGUUGCGCAUAAUUGCGGCAAAGAUGUGGACAUCGACAAGCUCUACUGCAAAGGCAACUACCGGAGACGAGUUGAAGUGUGUUCGAAAUACGGCAAACACAAGGUCGCCCUCGCUCGAAGGAAGAUAUCCUUUUACAUGAAGACGUCCUUGGACCCGUGGCUAUGCGUCGUCCUCGUGGACCCACCCAUGACACACUUCACACUAGGUGCUGAGACCAGCUUUGGAGCAUACUCCCACACCCAGCGCAUGGACAUCUCGGGAUACCAGGGUGGGUAUCUCGACUUCAUUGAAAUGCGCCGCCCGGGCAGCAAGGACUCUCACGACUACCGCGCAUGCGGCUCUCGCCCCAUGUGUCCCAAUCCGUUCGACGAUCUCUGCCGACAUUGGCAUAUCAUGGCGCGGGACGGGCAGCUCAACCCAGCCGACAGAAGCAUGCUCAACAUCAUGCGGCCCGCCUUCCAGAUCGCCGCCAGCGAGUGCACAAACUUCUUCGAAUACAUCCGCUCGACACUCGAAAGCCAGCCCAUCUCCACAGCGCUCGCCCUCGAGCCACAAAAGGCCAAGAGGAUCCUCGACAAAGUCAUCUCUCUGGACUCGAUGCUGAGCCGAUACAAACCCAUUCUCACCCGCAUCAAAACCUUCGUUGGUCCCGCGUCGGAUCUCAACGAUGACUACCGAGCGCUGCUGAUCGAUCUGCACCACUAUCGCGCCGAGUGCGACAGUCAAAUGCAGCACAUCCUAGCCGUCUCACAGGUACAGGACACAUUGUCCCUGGCGUCCAUCGAGUUCGAAUCUACCAGACACGCCGACUAUUCACGAUACCUGACCAUCAUUGCGCUCAUAUACGCUCCCUUUGCGCUUGCGUGCGCCAUCUUCAGCCUGCCGCACGACUUUGCCCCGGCAGCUCACUAUCUAUAUGGCUUCCUGCCUGCCACAGCGGGCGUGGCCAUCGUGUUCCUUCUCCUCGUGCUUCCGGAGGCGCGAGACCCGCUUCCGACCAUCAAGGCCACUAUUUGCGGAGGGUUGACGAGGAAGAAACUGCUAGCGAAGCCGAGUAGUCGCAGCACGAUUACCCAGUCACAGAGCGAAAAGUUUGUCGAGGACGUAUGA